AGAGCCCCACUGUGGGCGAUAUCUGGGCGGGCAGUAGAGAGACCCAACCCAAUGGAAAAGAGAGGCGCGGGCACCCAUGGCCCCACAGGUCGCCAGGAGUUUGGCGGUGCGAGCCAAGGGCGGAGUUUGAGAAAGGGGCUGCGCCCUAACCGCAGCAGGGACGAAGUCUACCCAACCAUGACCUCCACCGGCCAGGAUUCUACCACAAUCAGGCAGCGAAGGAGUAGGCACAGUCCCCAGUCGCCCCCUCACGAUUCCAAUGUCACCUCGAAGCGGAGCAUUAAAAAGGGUGCAGCACCCCGCUCCAGCCCCAAUCUAGCGGAGGUGAAGAAGAAAGGCAAAAUGAAGAAGCUUGGCCAAACAACUGAAGAAGACCUAAUCCUGGGGCUUCAAGGGAUGGAUCUGAACCUUGAGGCCAAGCCACUGUCUGGCACUGGGUUGGUGUUGGAUGAACAGCUAAAUGAUUUCCACUGCCUCUGGGAUGACAGCUUCCCUGAAGGCCCUGAGCGGCUCCAUGCCAUCAAGGAGCAGCUGAUUAGGGAGGGCCUCCUAGAUCGCUGUGUGUCCUUCCAGGCCCGGUUUGCUGAAAAGGAAGAACUGAUGUUGGUUCACAGCCUAGAGUACAUUGAUCUGAUGGAGACAACCCAGUACAUGAAUGAGAGGGAACUUCACUUGCUAGCAGACACCUAUGACUCAGUUUAUCUGCAUCCGAACUCAUACACCUGUGCCUGCCUGGCCUCAGGCUCCGUCCUCAGGCUGGUGGAUGCAGUCCUUGGGGCUGAGAUCCGGAAUGGCAUGGCCAUCGUCAGGCCUCCUGGACACCAUGCACAGCACAGUCUUAUGGAUGGGUACUGCAUGUUCAACCACGUGGCUUUGGCUGCCCGCUAUGCUCAACAGAAGCACAGCAUCCAGAGGGUCCUUAUCGUGGAUUGGGAUGUACACCAUGGUCAAGGAACACAGUUCAUCUUCAAUCAGGACCCCAGUGUCCUCUACUUCUCCAUCCACCGCUAUGAGCAGGGUAGGUUCUGGCCCCACCUUAAGGCCUCUAACUGGUCUACCACAGGUUUUGGUGAAGGCCAAGGAUACACCAUCAAUGUGCCUUGGAACCAGGUGGGGAUGCGGGAUGCUGACUACAUUGCUGCUUUCCUGUACAUCCUACUGCCAGUUGCCUUUGAGUUCCAGCCUCAGCUGGUCCUGGUGGCUGCUGGAUUUGAUGCCCUCCAAGGGGACCCCAAGGGCGAGAUGGCUGCCACUCCGGCAGGGUUCGCCCAACUAACCCACCUGCUGAUGGGUCUGGCAGGAGGCAAGCUGAUCCUGUCCCUGGAGGGUGGCUACAACCUCCGCUCUUUGGCUGAGGGUGUCAGUGCCUCACUCCACACCCUCCUGGGAGACCCUUGCCCCAUGCUGGAGUCCCCUGGUGCCCCCUGCCAGAGUGCCCAGGCUUCACUCUCCUGUGUUCUAGAAGCCCUCCAACCAUUCUGGGAAGCCUUUGUGAGAUCAGCUGAGCCCAUCGAGGAGGACAACAUGCAAGAGAAUGACACAGAGGGAAACGAGGAGGAAGGACCAUGGGAGUCCUCUGUGCUCCCAAUCCUGACAUGGCCUGUGCUGCAGGCCCGCACAGGGCUGAUCUACGACCAACGCAUGUUGAAUCACUGUAACUUAUGGGACAACCACCACCCUGAGGUACCGCAGCGCAUCUUGCGUAUCAUGUGCCGCCUGGAGGAGCUGGGCUUUGCUGGGCGCUGCCUCACCCUGCCUGUGCGCCCUGCUACCAAUGCUGAGCUGGUCGCCUGCCACAGUGCUGAGUAUGUGGGUCAUCUCCGAGCCACGGAGAAGAUGAAAACCCGGGAGCUAUACCGUGAGAGCUCCAACUUUGACUCCAUCUACAUUUGCCCCAGUACCUUUGCCUGUGCACAGCUGGCUGCUGGUGCUGCCUGCCGCCUGGUGGAAGCUGUGCUCUCAGGAGAGGUUUUGAAUGGUGUUGCCGUGGUGCGCCCCCCAGGACACCACGCUGAGCAGGACGCAGCUUGUGGUUUCUGCUUUUUCAAUUCUGUGGCUGUGGCUGCUCGCCAUGCCCAGGCCAUCAGUGGACGUGCCCUGCGGAUCCUGAUUGUGGAUUGGGAUAUCCACCAUGGUAAUGGAACUCAGCACAUGUUUGAGGAUGACCCCAGCGUGCUAUACGUGUCCCUCCACCGCUAUGAUCAUGGCACCUUCUUCCCUAUGGGGAAUGAGGGCGCCAGCAGCCAGAUAGGCCGGGCUGCGGGCGCAGGCUUCACUGUCAAUGUGGCCUGGAAUGGGCCCCACAUGGGUGACGCUGACUACUUGGCUGCCUGGCAUCGUCUGGUGCUUCCCAUUGCCUAUGAGUUUAACCCAGAGCUGGUGCUGGUCUCAGCUGGCUUUGAUGCUGCACUGGGAGACCCACUGGGGGGCUACCAGGUGUCACCUGAGGGUUAUGCCCACCUCACCCACCUACUGAUGGGCCUUGCCAAUGGCCGCAUUAUUCUUAUCCUAGAGGGUGGCUAUAACCUGUCAUCCAUCUCCGAGUCCAUGGCUGCCUGCACCGGCUCCCUCCUUGGAGACCCACUACCCCUGCUGGACCUGUCACGGCCUCCACUAUCAGGGGCCCUGGCCUCAAUCACUGAGACCAUCCAAGCCCAUCGCAGAUACUGGCGCAGCUUACGGGGAAUGAAGGUAGAAGACAAGAAGGGACUCUACAGUUCUAAGUCGGCCACCAAGAAGGCACCCCAACCAGCCAUUUCUGGGUCAGCUAAGGGGAUGACCACACCAGAAGAGAAAGUUCCGGAAGCAGGCAUGGGGAAGGCCACUUCAGCAUUAUCUGCUGAAGAGUCCACCCCAGGCCAGACUAAGUCAGAGCCAGCUGUGGUAGUGCUCACUCGGGACCAGUCAUCAGAGGCAGCCAAGGGGAGUGCUGUGCUGGGCCAGACCAUGGCAGAGCAGGCUGUGGGGGGAGCUGGUCUGGACCAGACCACCUCGGAGGAGACUGUGGGAGGAGCCAGGCUGGGCCAGACCACCUCAGAGAAGGCUGUUGGGGGAGCCUCACUGGACCAGGCUACCUCAGAGGAGGCUGUAGGAGGUGCUUUACUAGACCAGACCACCUCAGAGGCAGCCAUGGAGGGAGCCACUCUGGACCAGACCACCUCAGGGGAGGCUGUAGGGGGUGCCCAACUCCAAACUCCUCUAGCCUCAUGCAGAGACAGCCAGACCCCCCUAACCUCACCUGUGCAGGGAGCCACACCCCAGAUAUCCCCCAGUAAGCUGAUUGGGAAUCUCAAGACCUUGGAACUAGGCCACGAAUCUCAGGUAAGGCCCACCACACCCAAGAAGGGGGAAGAAGGGGCCCAGAUCAGGCCUGAUAUAUCUUGUGCUUCUUAUAUACAGGAGGGCCGAGAACAGGAGAGCCUACUAGGAGGAGGUCAGAACAUGGAUGAUUCAAUGCUGACACAGGGAUCUAGGGACCUUGCUGACACUGAUCAGGCUGUGUUUUAUGCUGUGACACCACUGCCCUGGUGUCCCCAUUUGGUGGCAGUAUGCCCCAUACCUGCAGCAGGCCUGGAUGUGACUCAACCUUGUUGGGACUGUGGAUCACUCCAAGAGAAUUGGGUGUGUCUGUCUUGCUAUCAGGUCUACUGUGGUCGUUACAUCAGUGGCCAUAUGCUUCAACACUACGGAGACUCUGGACACCCGCUGGUCCUCAGCUACGUUGACCUGUCUGUCUGGUGUUACGAUUGUCAGUCCUAUGUCCACCACCAGGCUCUCCUAGAUGUGAAGAACAUCGCCCACCAGAACAAGUUUGGGGAGAACAUGCCACACCCACACUAAACCCCAGACCACGCUCCCUCUUCUCCACCUCCUGAGGCCCAAGAUAGACCAGCCAUAGUUCAUUCCAACCUGUUCCUUGGAUGAGGGGUAGUCUCCCAUUCCAUCCCAUCCUGAAUAUCCUUUGCAACUCCCCAAGGGUGCUUAUUUAAGUGUAAAUACUUGUAAGAGGACUAUGAUGAUCAGUUGGAUGAUCAGUUGUGGUUCUGCCUCUGCCCACUGCCUGCUCAAGGGAUACCACUUCUCCUCUCCAGAAGGAAAGGAGGGCAGCUCAGUAGCCCCAAGAGGGGGCUAAUAUCAUAAAGGUAACAUUGGAGGGAGGGUCAACUGGCAGGUAUGGCAGGGUUGCAUAUGUAAUAAAGGACGAGCUGUUA